AUGGGUGGUGGACCCGAAGGUUUCCGCACCGUUGCGUAUUUCGUCAACUGGGCCAUCUAUGCACGAAAGCAUCGCCCUCAGGAUCUUCCCGUGGAGAACCUGACUCAUAUUCUUUACUCGUUCGCUAAUAUUCGUAGCGACUCUGGCGAAGUCCAUCUCACCGACUCAUGGGCAGAUACCGAUAUUCACUGGGACGGUGAUUCCUGGAAUGAUGUCGGCACCAACCUGUACGGUUGCAUGAAGCAGCUCAACCUCUUGAAAAGACGUAACCGAAACCUCAAGGUUCUUCUCAGUAUCGGAGGAUGGACUUUUAGCAGCAACUUCAAGGGCCCCGCCAGCACGCCUCAAGGACGCGCCACAUUCGCCAAGAGCUGCGUUGAUCUGAUCAAGAACCUCGGGUUCGAUGGUAUCGACAUCGAUUGGGAGUACCCUCAGGAUGCCAACGAGGCUAGAAACUAUGUUGAGCUUCUAGGCGCUGUGCGUUAUGAAAUGGACGCAUAUGCCCAGACUCUGAGCCGACCUUAUCACUUUGAGUUGACUGUGGCCUGUCCCGCUGGUGCGACAAACUUCCAGAAACUUGAUAUUCGUGGAAUGGAUCGAUAUCUCGACUUUUGGAACCUGAUGGCCUACGACUAUGCCGGCUCUUGGGACCAGACCGCGGGUCAUCAGGCCAACCUGUACCCAUCUCACGACAACCCAGUAUCAACCCCAUUCUCUACUUCUGCCGCCAUCGACUUUUACGUUCGCAGCGGUGUGUCCCCUUCAAAGAUAGUCCUCGGCAUGCCACUCUACGGCCGAGCGUUUCAAAACACCGACGGUCCCGGCCGCCCCUACCAGGGCGUUGGAGAAGGUACCUGGGAGCAGGGAGUCUACGAUUACAAGGCACUUCCUCUAGAGGGCGCACAAGAGUACGGCGAUAGAGGAUGCUGUGCCAGCUACUGCUACAACCCUCAGACGCGUACCAUGGUCACCUACGAUACGCCGCGGGUCGCCUGGGACAAGGCCGAAUAUGUGAGAAAGUGGAAGCUGGGAGGCGCUAUGUGGUGGGAGAGCAGCGCGGAUAAGGAGGGGGAGAAGAGUUUGAUCACAACAGUUGUGAAUGGAUUCGGAGGACAGGGAGCGCUCAUGAGACAGGACAACUGUAUUGAGUAUCCUGCGACCAAGUAUGAUAACUUGCGCGAUGGGUUCCCGAACAAUUGA